AUGGAGGCAGUUCCCCGACUGCCGAUGCUUUCAUUUGAUUUAAAACACAGUCCAGAAUAUGUAGAAUUUGCUCCAGCUUUAAAACAGUACAUUCAAGAACAUUAUGGUGAAGAUCCAGCUCUGUAUAAUAAAGCUUGUGCAGAUAUUGAACAAUUAAGACAGUCUGCUGUUCAUGUUUCAAGGGAUUUUAUUGGUUGUACUACUUUAAAGAAAUAUUAUGCUCAAUUACAAUUUCUACAAGGAAGAUUUCCUCUGGGUGAGGGUGAAAAUUCCAUGGUUUUCACAUGGGAGGAUAUACAAACUGGAAGAGAACAUGUUAUAGCUGAUAUCAAGUUUGAACAAGCUUGUAUACUAUACAAUAUAGGAUGUUUACAUUCUAUACUGGGAGCUAUAGAUACAAGACAGAAUGCUGAGGGUAUGAAGGUCUCAUGUACACAUUUUCAAUGUGCUGCCUGGGCCUUUGAACAUCUUCGUGAUCAUUUUGGAAGUUCUGCUAUGAGUACAGAUAUGGCACAUGAGAUGCUUACAUUCCAAAUACAGCUAAUGUUGGCCCAGGGACAAGAGUGUAUAUUAGAGAAAUCUAUGAUAGAUAGUAGAAAGAAUACUAUAACAGCCAAAGUAGCUGCACAAGUUGUGGAAUUUUAUAAAACAGCUAUUAAAAAUCUAGAUUCUUGUAAUUCAGAAAGUUUAGUCAAUUCUCGAAGUUUUAAGGAAUGGCGUAAGAGAAUGGAAUAUAAAGUGAGUUUUUAUCAGUGUAUAAUGUAUUAUUAUACAGGCAAGGAAUCAGAGGAAAAAUCUAAAUGGGGAGAAACGCUGGCUUAUUACACUGCGGCUCAUGAGAAAUUACAAGAAAGUAUGAAAGCGGCCAAGAAUGAAAUUCCUGAAAUAAUUGAUGCAUUGAAAUUUGCCCAAGAUGUAGUUGCUGGAAAAUAUAAUUCAGCUAAGAAAGAUAACGAUUUUGUGUAUCAUGAUAAAGUGCCACCAUUGGAUUCUUUACCGGAAAUCAAAGGUGCUUCAUUAGUGAAGGGGAUUCCAUUUAACCCAAAUGAUCCAGAAAUUUCAGGACCUGAUAUUUUUCAGAAAUUAGUUCCAAUGGAAGCUCACGAAGCUUCAUCUGUCUAUAGUGAGGAAAAAGCAAAGUUAUUAAGAAUGGUAUCAGGAGAAGUAGAGGAUAGGAAUUUAGAACUAGAUCAGUUUCUAUCCUCACUACAAAUAGAUGUAAAUGAAUUAAAGCCUGCUGUAGAUAGGUUACCAGAUGAUUUACUAGAGAAAUGUGCAGCAUUAAGUGUAAGAACUCAUGCUAUUAAAGAUCUUAUUGAUCAAAUGUCAGCUGUGUCUAGUGUAUCUACUGAUGUGGAAUUAAACCUAAAAGAAAUCUUAGAAUUAUUAGAGGAAGAAAGCAAAAAAGAGGAAGAUUUUCAGAAAUUAUUUGGUAACAGAACAAGUAAUAUGAUAUUAUCUGAUAUACGGAAAGAAGCUAAUGCUAGUCAGAUAAAACAUCGACAAGGGACACUGUCAAAUAAGAACCUACAUACAGCUAUGAAUACACAUAUUACUAAUCUCAGACUAUUAGCUGGUCCUCCAGAACAGAUCCUGACAUCUUUACCUUCCUUACAACCUAAUAGAUGUAGGUAUUAA